AUGGCCAUAAAAAGAUCCAAUAAACUACCACAAGCUGUUGUUCUCAAGCAAAUUCUCAAAAGAUGCUCAAGUUUUGGAAAGAAGCAGAGCUACAAUGAAGAGGGUCUUCCUUAUGAUGUACCAAAAGGCCAUUUUGCAGUGUAUGUUGGAGAGAACAGGACCAGAUACAUUAUCCCAAUUUCAUGGCUGGCUCACCCUCAGUUUCAAAGUCUGCUCCAAAGAGCUGAGGAGGAGUUUGGCUUCAAUCAUGAUAUGGGACUUACCAUCCCCUGUGAUGAAGUUGUUUUUGAGUCCCUAACCUCAAUGAUGAGAUAA